GCUACUUCAAAUACUUAUCUUCUUUUUUACCUUGAUGAUGCAUAGAGGCUCCUUCAAUUCAUCCUCAUCCAGCAAAAUGUCGACAACGCUACUUCUAUUUGCCCUCUGCUUCUAUCUACUUACUUGUUUUUGGGUGACAAUGGCAAUGGCAACCGAUUCCGUUCAACUCAACGACGAUGUCUUAGGCCUCAUGGUGUUUAAAUCCGACCUUCAAGACCCCUCUUCUUACCUUCGCUCCUGGAUCGAAGAUGAUGAGACCCCAUGUUCUUGGCAGUUCGUACGCUGCAAUCCUGUAACUGCCCGAGUUUCAGAGCUUUCUCUUGAUGGAUUGGGUUUAUCAGGGAAGAUUAGCGGCAGGGGCCUUCAGAAGUUGCAACAUCUCAAGGUUUUAUCUCUUUCCUGUAACAAUUUUACUGGUAACAUCAGUCCGGAACUCGGCUUCAUUCACAGUCUUCAAACACUUAACCUUAGCCAAAACAGUCUUUCUGGUCCCAUUCCUACCUCUUUUGUUUCGAAUUCAAUCAGAUUUCUCGAUCUUUCUGGGAAUUCUCUUUCAGGGCCAAUCCCAAAUGAUCUCUUCCGGAACUGCUCCCUAAAUUAUCUCUCACUAUCCCGAAAUUCACUUCAAGGAUCACUCCCCACCAACCUACCAAGAUGCAGCUCCUUGAAUACCCUCAAUCUCUCCGACAAUCACUUUUCUGGAAGUCCAGAUUUUGCCUCUGCCUCAGGUAUUUGGUCCAUGAACCGGCUUCGGGUUUUGGAUCUUUCUAACAAUCAGUUUUCAGGGGCUUUACCACUAGGGAUGUUCAACCUGCAUAACUUGAAACAGCUCCUCUUACAGGGCAAUCGUUUCUUUGGACCACUACCACCUGACAUGGGACUAUGCCCCCAUUUGACUACAUUGAACUUGAGCCAUAAUCUUUUUUCUGGAGAACUACCAGAGUCUCUCCAAAACCUCAACUCUCUCACUUGGUUUAGCUUGUCAAACAAUAUGUUAACAGGGGAACUUCCUUUGUGGAUCGGAAAUCUGAGCAGCCUCCAACACUUGGACCUGUCAAGCAACAGUAUAUCAGGGAGCCUACCAUGGACAAUUGGUAACCUCAAAUCUCUCAAUUACCUGAGUUUAUCCAGCAAUAAUCUAACCGGGAACAUACCCACAUCGCUGGCUUACUGCUCUGAGUUAUCCGUGGUUCGAUUGAGAGACAAUGGUUUAAAUGGUAGCAUACCAGAUGCGCUGUUUCAAUUGGGAUUGGAGGAGGUAGAUUUUUCCCAUAAUGGAUUGACAGGUCCAAUGCCACCAGUUUCCAGUCGAUUAAUUGAGUCUCUCCAAGUGUUAGAUCUUUCAAGAAACAAUCUCGAAGACCAUAUCCCUGCAGAAAUGGCUAACAUCAGGUUCUUGAACUUAUCGUGGAACAAUCUUCAGAUAAAGUUUCCCCCAGAGAUUGGUUUCUGGCGGAACCUGACUGUUUUAGACCUUCAGAACACUGCUUUAUACGGUGCCAUUCCGACUGGUAUUUGUGAUUCUGGAAGUUUGACAAUUCUUCAAUUGGACGGAAAUUCCUUGACCGGUCCCAUUCCAGAUGAAAUUGGCAAUUGCUCAUCGCUCUCCUUAUUGAGCUUGUCUCAUAACAAUCUAAGUGGAUCCAUCCCCAAGUCCAUUUCAAAUUUAAGCAAGCUCAAGAUUUUGAAAUUGGAGUUGAAUGAGCUAAGUGGAGAAAUUCCAGUAGAGUUUGGAAGGUUGGGGAAUCUGCUAGCAGUAAACAUAUCACACAACAGGCUGACCGGAAGGCUGCCAGUUGGGGGCAUAUUUCAGAGCUUGGACGCAAGUGCCAUGGAGGGGAAUUUGGGCAUCUGUUCACCUUUGUUAAAGGAACCCUGUAAGAUGAAUGUACCCAAACCUUUGGUUUUAGACCCUUUCGCUUAUAAGGUUCCAUCUGGGAGAACAAACCGAACUUCAUCAACUUUCCAUCACCGAACCUUCCUCAGUGUUUCUGCCAUCAUCGCAAUUUCAGCUGCUAUCCUGAUUGCAUCCGGUGUAAUUGUUAUCAGCCUGUUGAAUGUAUCUGUGCGGAGAAGGCUUGCCUUUGUAGACAAGGCAUUGGAAAGUAUGUGUUCUACCUCUUCUUCUUCUUCGAGAUUUGGGAAUCUGCAGACUGGAAAGUUCAUUCUGUUUGAUUCAAGUUCCGAUUGGAUCAACUGCAAACCCGAGAGCGUCCUACAGAAAGCUGCAGAGAUUGGCGGAGGAGUGUUUGGAACUGUUUACAAGGUCUCCUUGGGUGAUGGAAGAAUGGCGGCACUCAAAAAGCUGGUGACAUCUGAUAUAAUCCAAUACCCAGAAGAUUUCGAUAGAGAAGUUCGAGUUCUAGGAAAAGCAAGGCAUCCGAAUCUGAUAUCACUAGUAGGAUACUACUGGACUCCUCAAUUGCAGCUUCUGGUAUCAGAGUAUGCACCGUAUGGUAACUUACAGACCAGGCUGCACCAAAGACAACCUUCUACAGCUCCUCUUUCUUGGACCAGCAGAUUCAAAAUUAUUCUGGGAACGGCAAAAGGACUGGCUCACCUGCACCAUUCCUUCCGGCCACCCAUAGUUCACUACAACAUAAAACCAAGCAACAUCUUGGUGGACGAGAAUUGCAAUCCUAAGAUCUCAGAUUAUGGACUGGCAAGGCUUCUGAGCUUGAGGAGACUUGAGAAGCAUGUGAUAAGCAACAGGUUUCAGGGUGCAGCCGGGUAUGUGGCACCAGAACUAGCAUGCCAAAGCUUGAGGGUGACUGAGAAAUGUGAUGUUUAUGGGUUUGGGGUGUUAAUGAUGGAGCUUGUGAGUGGAAGGAGGGCGGUAGAAUAUGGAGACGACAAUGUGAUGAUAUUAAGCGAGCAGGUGCGAGUAAUGGUUGAGCAAGGGAAUGUGUUGGACUGUGUGGACCGUAACAUGGGAGAUUACCCAGAAGAUCAUGUGUUGCCAGUGCUAAAAUUGGCGCUUGUAUGCACUUCUCACAUACCUUCCAGUAGACCUUCCAUGGCAGAAAUAGUUCAAAUACUGCAGGUUAUCAGGACCCCACUUCCACACACAGUUGAAUUGUUCUAAUUUUAUAACUGUCACUUUGUUUAUCUUGUCCAGAGUACUCCAGCCGCAGCUCUUUGAAUUUGACAAUUCACAUAAACACAAAACUCUUCAAGUUUAGAGUGAUGAGAGCUUUAUCCCAUUAGCUUUUGCCUAUUCUAACUGACUGCCAUCAUUCAUUUUAUGUGGCUGCAUUGCAUGGAAUAACUGCUUAAAGUUCAU